UGGUAGCUAGGACCGGUUAGGACAUCAAGUUGCUAACCCUUAUUCCAUAUUUCAUGCUUCUAGAAAGUGUCAGCCAUCUUGGACAUCAUUCAAAAAUUACAUGGCGAAUUGCUGCAAAUGCUGUAGUUACUGACUAGCUUAUCAAACUGUUUGGUAAUCUUGAUCCCUAUCGAAACAAAAUGAAUAGAGAGCCUCCCAAGAACGUGUACAGCAAUAACAGACUAAAGAAAAUUGAACCUGUUGCAUGGCCCAUCGAUAAUAAACGCCAAUCUUCUCAUCAGUAUACCUCUGCUGCUACAAGCAUUGGGAUGGCGGAAACCAGUAAUUCUGUGAAUACAAAAGAUAGAUCUCUACAUUUCAACAAAAGCCAAACAAAAUACGAAAAGCAUUUUGAGCCAAGUUCAUCAAAAGUUUUGGCUUCCAAAAAGCUGAAGGAAUCCCCACGUGUGAAACAAGUUUUACCCUUAAACUUAAAAAAUCCACCCACGUUUGGAGAUUUGGGUAUUCCACUGAAACACAGGUAUGUUCAAAGAAAAAGUACCAGCAGUAACAAUUGUUCUCUGCAGCCUCUGGCUAAGAAAUGCAGGAAAAAUUUUGAUAGUUCAGAACUACAAAGCAACCUACUUUGUGUUCAUCGUGAUCAAAGUUCUGACAACCCAUUAUGGUUGUCACCCAAAGAGUCUCCCAACCAGUCAAUAGAAAAGAGCAACCUUAAUGACCCACAUGGUGCAAGUGAAUUUUUUCAGAUGGUUAAAGCAACUCUAAAAGAUACAUUUGAAGAAAUUGUCAAGGAUUGUCCUGAAUUUUUAACCACCACAUUAAAUGCCAAAGAAAAGUUACUUAAAAAAUUACGUUCCUACACCCAAAGACAGCAAGCGAUGUUGGGAGAUCAUGCAAAUACGGAGGACAUGAGAAGCGGUGAAUCCCACGUUCUCCUCGAUUUAACUCGUCCGAUAGGAUUUAACCGAUUCCCUGGAGAGUCGUCCACAGAGAGCCAAGCUACUAAGCCGAAGCUACAGCUUAACAAUGCGACUCCAACCACUGUGGUCACAACAGAAGCAUGGGCACCUGUUGCUUACGGUUUCAAGAGUUAUACUACACCGCGGGAAUUCUUGCCUCGUUCUCGCCGAUACACGGGAUCAAUUACUAACGUUAGUGAGAGAAUGCCCUCUGAUGCAAUACAAAUAUCAUCGAAAGGGUCUUCUGUGCAGGUGAAUGGAAGUCUUUCUUUGAAUCAAAGUGGCAGUAAAAACAACCUCGAGGAAACAGAUGAAUCGACCAAUGCCUGUCUACCAUUGUUUAAUCCUCGCAAGGUUUGUGGAAGAUCCGUUCUACGUUGAUUAAUACCGCGUAGUGGUCCCUAAAGAAGCCGAUGUAAUCAAACCUUUUGAAGUUUAAAACCUUCAACGAUAUUUUUCCCUCCCAUUUUGGUGGAUGCCACUAAAAACGUACCUUCCAACGGAAGUCUUUGAAGUAUUUCUUAAAGAUCUUAACAUCUAAUAUCUUAAAAAAAAAAAAAAAAAAGCUGCGAUGGGGGUAAAUCAAUGAUUCUGCCCGUGUUCACGAUUAUACUAAAUGGUGAACGCGUGAGCAGACGGAAUACGAGCGCGCAGCACAUUUUUGUCAUAAGAUUGUAUUGGACAGAUUCCGAUGAAGCGUGUGAAUGAUUUUGCUGGUUUGCUUGCUUGUAAUCGAAUUAUUGACAGCGGUUGCCAUGGGGGGGGGGGGUGAGAAUUCAAUGUAACAACGAUUGGAAAUCUCAUAUCGGCUCGUAAGAAAUAGGAGUGCCAUACAAAGACGAUCGAAUUUUCUGCGGACUUUAUUUCUUUUGGUGUCUACCUUUUGAUCGCGAAUUGAAAUUCGUAUCUGACUUGCUACACCUCCUAGACAUCAUUGAAGAUUGUUGAUCGGAAAAACCUUUACAUGGUGUCGAAUCUUUAAAUAAUCGAUCGAAGCCCGUCCUCGCCUCUCCGUUGAGUAAUUUUGGUUUCUUUAUUGUCGUCGAUGUGCCACUCUUUCAUUUUUCCUCUUUUGUUUGUUUCC